CCUGUUCUCUUCCCCUCAUUGCUACAAACAGUUCUCAGAAGCAGAACCUUCCUGGGGAAAGAUGGCUGGAAACUCAGUUUUGCUGGCUGCUGUCUCUGUACUCUCUGCCUGUCAGCAAAGUUAUUUUGCUUUGCAUGUAGCAAAAGCAAGAUUAAAAUACAAAGUUAUGCCCCCGGCAGUCUCUGGGUCACCCGAGUUUGAGAGAAUAUUUCGUGCACAACAAAAUGGUGUGGAGUUUUACCCCCUAUUCAUGAUUACACUGUGGAUGGCCGGAUGGUAUUUCAACCAAGUUUUCGCUACUUGUCUGGGUCUGGUGUACAUGUAUGCCCGUCACCAGUAUUUCUGGGGAUAUUCGGAAGCUGCUAAAAAAAGGAUCCUUGGUUUCCGGUUGAGUCUGGGGGCUUUGGCCUUGUUGGCUGUCCUAGCAGUUCUCGGGAUUGCAAACAGCUUUCUGGAUGAAUACCUGGACGUUGAUAUUGCCAAGAAACUGAGGCACUUCUAACCCCUCCUCCGCUUUGCUCAAAUGCUUGCAGAAGGUAUUUCUACCCUGAAGGUUAGAUGGUAUCACUUGUUCCAUUAAAAAA